AUGGCAGCCGUGGCAGACGCACCCGUCACCACCGUCCGCGUGGGCACGCGGCGGUCAGGCCUGGCGCUGAAGCAGUGCGAGAUCGUCAUCGCAGAGCUGUCCAAGACGCACCCGCACGUAAAAUUCGAGACGGUGACGGUGUCGGUGAUGGGCGACCGCGACAAGACGACGCCGCUGCCCAACCUGGGCAAGGGGCUGUGGACCUCGGAGCUCGAGGCCAUGCUGACCAGCUCGCCGCCGGAGCUCGACAUGAUCGUCCACUCGCUCAAGGACAUGCCCACCUCGCUGCCCGACGGCUGCGUGCUGGGCUGCGUGACGAGGCGCGAGGACCCGCGCGACGUCGUCGUCUUCCGCGCCGGCCACGCCGGCCGGUACGCGACGCUGGCGGACCUGCCCGAGGGCGCCGUCGUGGGCACCAGCAGCGUGCGCCGGUCCGCCCAGCUGCGCCGCAGGUACCCGGGCCUGGUGUUCAAGGACGUGCGCGGCAACAUUGACACGCGCCUGCGCAAGUGCGACGACGAGACCCUCGGCUACGACGCCAUCAUCCUCGCCGCCGCGGGCCUGCUGCGCAUGGACUGCGGCCACCGCAUAGGCCAGUACCUCGACUCCGCGAGCGAGGGCGGCGGCAUGCUGCACGCCGUCGGCCAGGGCGCCCUGGGCAUCGAGGUGCGCUCCGACGACGAGGCCACCCUGGGCCUGCUGAAGCCCGUGCUGUGCACGCAGACGAUGCUGGCGUGCGAGGCGGAGAGGACCGUCAUGCGGACGCUCGAGGGCGGCUGCAGCGUGCCGAUCGGCGUCGAGACGGACUGGGUGCCUGGGGAGGGCGGCAGCGGACAGGCCCUGAGGAUGAGGGCCACGGUCGUCAGCCUGGACGGGUCACAGGGCGCCGAGACCGAGGUCACACAGGAGGUAUCGGACGCGAGGGCGGCGGAGGACCUGGGCCACAAGGUCGCCUCGAUCCUCGUGGAGCAGGGCGCCGGCAAGAUACUUGAGGCAAUCAACAAGACGAGGGCGGAGACACCGGCUGGCACAUCUGCUGCUGCUCCUGUGCAACCGGCGGCGUGA